GGCUUCUGGGCUGCCGGGUCCAGUAGCACAGGGAUUGAAGGAGGCGUUGGUGGAUACCCUCACCGGGAUCCUGUCCCCCGUGCAGGAGGUGCGGGCGGCUGCAGAGGAACAGAUUAAGGUGCUGGAGGUGACAGAGGUGUAGCAUAAGCACUGUCCACCUGCGAAGGGCGGCCCACAAGGAUCCAGACGCACUCCUGGGCAUGUGGCGGGCACUGAACCGAGCGGAAGGCGGCCACGCUCGGAAAAAGGCCAGUGAAUUUGGCGUUCACCUGGCAGAGCUGACUGUAGAUCCUCAGGGGGCACUGGCCAUCCGUCAGCUGGCAUCGGUCAUCCUGAAGCAGUAUGUGGAAACUCACUGGUGUUCCCAGUCGGAAAAGUUCAGACCUCCUGAAACUACAGAAAGGGCAAAAGUUGUUAUUCGGGAGCUAUUACCCAAUGGGUUGAGAGAAUCAAUAAGCAAAGUGCGCUCCAGUGUGGCCUAUGCUGUGUCAGCCAUUGCCCAUUGGGAUUGGCCAGAAGCCUGGCCCCAGCUCUUCAGCCUGCUCAUGGAGAUGUUGGUGAGCGGAGACUUAAAUGCCGUCCAUGGAGCCAUGCGUGUGUUGACAGAGUUUACUCGAGAAGUGACAGACACACAGAUGCCACUUGUUGCUCCUGUCAUUCUCCCAGAAAUGUAUAAGAUCUUCACUAUGGCUGAGGUGUAUGGUAUUCGAACUCGUUCCCGAGCAGUAGAGAUUUUUACUACUUGUGCCCAUAUGAUCUGUAACAUGGAGGAGCUAGAAAAGGGUGCAGCCAAAGUCCUGAUCUUUCCCGUGGUUCAGCAGUUCACAGAGGCCUUUGUUCAUGCUCUCCAGAUGCCAGACGGCCCCACAUCUGACAGUGGUUUUAAGAUGGAGGUUCUAAAGGCAGUAACAGCCUUGGUGAAAAAUUUCCCAAAGCACAUGGUGUCCUCCAUGCAGCAGAUCCUGCCCAUUGUUUGGAACACUCUAACCGAAAGUGCUGCUUUUUAUGUGAGGACAGAAGUGAAUUACACGGAAGAAGUGGAAGAUCCUGUGGACUCAGAUGGAGAAGUCCUAGGCUUUGAGAACCUCGUCUUUAGCAUUUUUGAAUUUGUCCAUGCGCUACUAGAAAACAGCAAAUUCAAAAGCACCGUUAAAAAGGCUCUGCCCGAGCUUAUUUACUACAUCAUCCUGUAUAUGCAGAUUACUGAGGAGCAGAUUAAAGUGUGGACAGCCAACCCACAGCAGUUUGUAGAGGAUGAGGAUGACGACACUUUCUCCUACACUGUAAGAAUUGCAGCUCAAGACUUGUUGCUGGCUGUGGCCACAGAUUUCCAGAAUGAGAGUGCAGCAGCCCUGGCUGCGGCAGCCACUCGGCAUUUACAAGAAGCUGAGCAGACCAAAAGCAGUGGCACUGAGCACUGGUGGAAAAUCCAUGAGGCCUGCAUGCUUGCUCUAGGCUCAGUGAAGUCCAUCAUCACUGACAGUGUGAAAAAUGGCAGGAUCCAUUUUGACAUGCAUGGGUUCCUGACCAACGUCAUCCUUGCAGACCUUAACCUGUCAGCGUCUCCUUUCCUCUUGGGACGGGCACUUUGGGCUGCCAGUCGUUUCACUGUUGCUAUGUCUCCUGAACUGAUUCAGCAGUUUCUACAGGCAACAGUUAGUGGUCUUCAUGAAACACAGCCCCCAUCAGUUCGGAUUUCUGCUGUGAGAGCCAUCUGGGGUUAUUGUGAUCAGCUGAAAGUCUCAGAGAGUACACAUGUGCUUCAGCCCUUCCUCCCCAGCGUCCUUGAUGGACUAAUUCACCUAGCAGCCCAGUUCAGCUCAGAGGUCCUCAACCUGGUGAUGGAGACCCUGUGCAUCGUUUGUACUGUUGACCCAGAAUUCACAGCAAGCGUGGAAGGCAAAAUCUGUCCCUUCACCAUCGCCAUUUUCCUGAAGUACAGUAAUGAUCCUGUUGUGGCCUCGCUGGCUCAGGACAUCUUCAAGGAGCUGUCGCAGAUUGAAGCCUGUCAAGGCCCGAUGCAGAUGAGGCUGAUCCCCACUCUGGUCAGCAUAAUGCAGGCCCCAGCAGACAAGAUCCCUGCAGGGCUCUGUGCGACAGCCAUUGAUAUCCUCACCACAGUAGUUCGAAAUACAAAGCCUCCCCUUUCCCAGCUCCUUAUCUGUCAAGCCUUCCCUGCUGUGGCACAAUGCACCCUUCACACGGAUGAUAAUGCCACCAUGCAGAAUGGUGGAGAGUGCUUGCGGGCCUAUGUAUCGGUGACACUGGAACAGGUAGCCCAGUGGCAUGAUGAGCAAGGCCACAAUGGACUGUGGUAUGUGAUGCAAGUGGUGAGCCAGCUCCUGGACCCACGAACUUCCGAGUUCACUGCAGCCUUUGUGGGCCGUCUGGUCUCCACUCUCAUCUCAAAGGCAGGACGGGAACUUGGGGAGAAUCUGGACCAGAUUCUUCGUGCCAUCCUCAGUAAGAUGCAGCAGGCGGAGACACUCAGUGUCAUGCAGUCUCUGAUCAUGGUGUUUGCUCAUCUGGUGCACACUCAGCUGGAACCUCUGUUGGAGUUCUUGUGUAGCCUCCCAGGACCUACUGGCAAACCUGCCCUGGAGUUUGUGAUGGCUGAGUGGACAAGCCGGCAGCAUCUGUUUUAUGGACAGUACGAAGGCAAAGUGAGCUCUGUAGCACUAUGUAAACUGCUUCAGCAUGGCAUCAAUGCAGAUGACAAGCGGCUACAAGAUAUUCGUGUGAAGGGAGAGGAGAUCUACAACAUGGAUGAAGGCAUUCGUACCCGCUCCAAGUCAGCCAAAAAUCCAGAGCGGUGGACAAACAUUCCUUUGUUGGUCAAGAUCCUAAAGCUGAUUAUCAAUGAACUCUCCAACGUCAUGGAGGCCAAUGCGGCUCGCCAGGCCACUACUGCUGAGUGGAGUCAAGUAGAUGACUCCAAUGAUAUGUGGGAGGACCAGGAGGAAGAGGAAGAAGAGGAGGAGGAUGGUUUAGCUGGCCAGCUUUUAUCUGACAUCCUUGCUACAAGUAAAUAUGAGGAGGAUUACUAUGAAGAUGAUGAAGAAGAGGACCCUGACGCCCUGAAGGACCCUCUCUAUCAGAUUGAUCUGCAGGCAUAUCUCACCGACUUCCUUUGCCAGUUUGCUCAGCAGCCCUGUUACAUAAUGUUUUCGUGCCACCUUAAUGACAACGAGAGGCGGGUUCUGCAGACCAUCGGCAUCUAAAAAGGGGAGUCUUCAACCCGUGUUCCCUCUCCUGGCCCAGCCACAGACCAUUCUACAGCUCUCACUGGUCUUGAGAUGCACUUUUUCUCAGUCUGGAGUGGCUUCCUGGCCUAUGGCCUCAACAGUGACACUGAGGACUCAGUCCUUGCUCACCAAGGCUAGCAUUUAAAAAUGCUAAAACCAAGGACAUUUCUCAAAGUCCUGUGAAGAUACUCCAAAUCUGGAACUGUUUUAUUCCCUAGCUGCCACCUCCAUUCCGAGCAUCUUUUGUUGGCCAGACCAGAAACAUUGAUAUCCAGAAGGAUUAUGGCUUCCUGGUAAUUUUGCCCCACAUCAGGAGCACAGGAAGUCACUACCAUUUAUAUUCUGAAACAUACCUGUUUGUUUUCAUAGGAUAUCUGUUGUGUUCAGAUAGGAGUCCCUUGAGAGGUCAUUAUGCUUUCUACCCUCAGCCCCUGAUGCUCUAGGUUCUUGGUAGGAACAAGCUGGAGCAGCCACGUACUGAGCCCUUUCCAGUAACCUCCUUCCAUGCUUCCCUCAUGCAACACUAAGGCUCCUCUGUCAAAGGAGCCAUCUUUCCAUCUCUGCUUCAUUGCAUGACACAGCCCCUCCCCCCAGGCUGUUUCUAUAUAUACAUGCACACACAAAAUAAGCCAGACAGAUGGUAACUUGUCUUUCUUUUUUAGGAAAAAAAAAAAUCAGGAAAAAGGUUUUUAUUUCUAAAUCUGCCUGACCCAUCUAUAUUUAAUAUGCCUCUUCUACGCAGGCUCUGUGGUUACACAGAGCCUGAUAUGCAAAGGUUACCCCUAUCCCUCAGGAAUCCUCCAAAGUGGUUGAGUUGUAGCCCUUGAAUUUGCAACAUGUAUUUUUCUAGGACAGUAAAGCAAUCUUUACAAAUGAAUUUAGUCUGCAUACUAUAAGGUGUCUCAGCACCUCUGCCUUCUGUUUAUUCCCUUUAGAAGGAAAGUAAAAACAGAAGAAAGCAUUAGCAGAGCCUAUUUUGGCAAACAGCUCAAAAAUCUUAGAGAACUGGUAUUUUUCAUUCAGAUGUGUUUAAAGGUCGGCAAAAGUAAGGGACAUCCCUCAAUGGGUUUUCCUUGUGUUAAGAAUUGAGUAGGUGAAGAUUAAGAAGAGCAGAAUGGUAACCCAGUGUUCCCUUUGUUUGAUAGUGCUCGCAUCUGGGACUCCAUUUUUAAUAGCCAAAGCUCUUUCUCUGGGUGAUGCUCUAACAAAAAGAAAAGGCAAUGUAGAAGUGACUUCUGUGCUUCAUUCUUCAGCAGACAGAUAACAGUGUAACAUUUCAUCUAAAAGGCUUUUCAUGGGACCUAAGGAUGUGGCAGCUUAUUAAUGUCUGUGCCACCAGAUGUCCUUAGUGCUCAGCCUUGAGUUCAGAGGCAUUCCACUGAAGUUGUCACCUCCUCUGUAAGAACCUGAGAAGGUGUGUAUAGCUGUCUUCUGGAUGACCAUGUAGAGACCAGUAUUGCCUCUGCCCCUGCUGUUUUUCCUCCUGAAGGUGGAGUCCCUGAAAAAGAGAAAUGAUAGCAUAUCUGCCCAGAAAACCACAGUAGGAAUUUUGGAAACUUGCUCCAUAGUUGACCUUAAAGCCAAUUGAAUUUGGUGCUAAAACAGUAGACCAUUCCACACGAUUAAGUUGUCCAAUGGUUUUGACAUGUUAGAAUGGUACCAGGUUAGCAGCAUUGCCCUGCUGAGUUUGAGAAAGCUUGGAGACCUCCAGUACAUAUUGCUGACAGUGAUAUGGGUUCCUUCUGAGACUGUCUAGUGCCAAAAUUAGUCCAGAGGGCUUCUCAUCUGUUCUCGUGCUUUACUUUUCCUGCCUUAGGUGGCCAUCCAUGCCAACAUACACUGGUUGGACAUGGCGGGUCUUAUGUCCCUUGAUGAACAAAUGCUUGUUUUCAAAGCAUUUACCUUCUGCAGCAGGUACACAAUGAAUUUCCUCAUCCUGUUGACUGUUCCUAAGAGCAGGACUAGAGUUCCGCUGGUGACUUUUAUGUGACAUAGUUGAACUCUGGCUCCUAUUUUGUCUCCUAUGAGAGCCAACUUCAUUUGGACAAAGGGUAGGGCUAACUGUUGGAAGACUAAGAAAUGACCAGCGAGCUAACAAGAGAGGUGUGGGCUCCUGAUGGUGACGGAUGAAACGCUAGAAGGCUGAAAAGCGAUAAAGUUCCAAGAAAGGAAGUUGAUACUUCAAAUCAUUGACUGGGAAGCUUGAACUUAGAGCAUAUGGUUCAAAAGCAUAUGAAUUUGUGAGAAAAGAGGUUGCUGAGGCUGGGGUAUUCAUCGUGAGCUAAAGGGCCAGUAGUUCCACUAAUGAAAGCAACCUUAGGACCAGGCUGUGGUGGCUCACGCCCUUAAUCCCAGCACUUGGGUGGCAGAGACAGGUGGAUCUCUGUGAGUUCGAGACCAGCUUUGGUCUACAGAGUGAGUUCCAGGACAGGCUCCAAAGUGACAGAGAAACCCUGUCUCAAAAAACAACAACAAAAAAAAAAAAAAAAAAAACCAACCUUAGGUUUGUUCUCCAUGCUGAGCAGCCUGACAAGUAAGAUCAGAGCACCACCAGCUCAGCAAACUACAGUGAGCUCGUCCCGGGAAGGAAUGUGAGGUGAGUGUUGGGUGCAGCGCUGGGCGGGUUGCUUACGCCUUACUCUUUCCAAGAAGUUGGAAGCCAUUUGCAAAAGAUAACUGACCUAAACAACAAAUGCUUGUCAAGUCUUAGGUGACAGGAAGCCUCUCAGAAGGUGAGCUGAGGAUCAAGUAAAUCAUUGGCAGCAGUAUUUUGAUUAAAGUGCUGUGUCUAAAAGUACUGGGUGUUCAGAGUCCAGAAAACUCACGUGUGGGCCCAGGUUGUCUGUGGUUCUGCAGGUUUUCAUCUCUGUCCCUUCAGUGGUCCCGACUGAUGACAGUGCUCUGUAAAGGAAAAGCAGUGGCUCAGAAGGCUGACUCAACAGCGCUGCAGCACACUAAGGGACUGUCCAGGAAAAAGUGCUGCAUUGUCCCAGCCCACCAGGCAGACCUGUUGUGCCUGAGUAAAUAAAUAAUAAAAGAUGGAUUUCUGGC